AUGAAGUCGCUGGAAUUCCAAGAUGAUUUGGAUCUUAAAGCCCGUGGGUAUCGUCGUGAGAUGCCCCGGCGAUCCUCAACCUUCAGUCUCGUUGCCCUCAGCUUCAGUUUAACAUGCACAUGGUCUGGUACUGGCUCAUCGAUCGGUAUAUCUCUGCAGGAUGCAUCGGCUGCUGGCACUAUAUGGUCGCUUCCAGUGGCCGCUCUGAUGACGGCCAUUCUUUCGGCCGGCGUGGCCGAAUUGGCAUCGGCUUAUCCUGUCGCUGGUGCUCAGUACUACUGGACAUUCUGUCUUGCAUCCAAAGAAUGGAGAGCUUUUGCUUCUGAUAUAAACGGUUGGCUGAGUAUUUUGGGAUGGUGGCUAGCCAGCGGUGCAGCCUGCAACUUCAUUGCAUCCUUAAUUCUACCAAUCGUGAUUCUCUGGUAUCCAGACUAUGAGAUCCAUAACUGGCAACAAUGGCUCGUCUACAUUGGGAUAGUGUGGCUGGCAGUCGCACUCAAUACGUGGGGCUCACAGCUGCUUCCUCUCUACAAUCGUUUCAACUUCCUCGUCGCAUGCAUCACUCUCACCGCAACAACGAUCACACUAUUCGUGUGUAGUCGGAACAACCACGCCGCUCCCAAGUGGACUUUCGGUGAUGUCACCAACGGGACAGGAUGGCAAAGCGAAGGAUUCGCCUUCCUACUAGCGAUCAGUAAUGCUGUGUACGCCUUUCUUGGAACAGACUGCGGAGCGCACGUCUGUGAGGAGAUUCAUGACCCUACCCGGAACACCCCCAAGAUUAUCCUGUACCCGAUCCUCAUGGGCUUGGUAACCGCGUUUCCCUUUGCUGUCGCUUGUAUGAACGCCAUCACCAAUAUGGAUGCAGUGCUGAAUUCGCCGUCUGGUGUUCCUUUGAUCGAGAUUUACUAUCAAAGUACCGGGUCCAAAGGAGCUUCAUCCAUUCCGUUGGCACUGUUCGCAUUUUGCUUCUUCGGGUGCACUAUCCCGCUCAAUGGACUCUGUCUAACUGGCACCGUUGUUUCGAUUACAAGCUAUACGGCCUCAUCUUCCUUGGCUCAUCAACCGCCUUCUCUGCAAUGGUCGGUGCCGCGAUCAUCUUCCUUCAAACUUCAUGUGCCCUACCACAGGCGAUGUGGGCGCCACAUCAUGCCUGAGCGGCCUUUCUCACUCGGUCGAUUCGGACUUGCCAUCAACCUUAUUUCGGUGCUAUGGGUUAUUCUUCUUGACAUUCUUUGCUUCUUCCCGACCGAGAGGCCAGUGACCAAGGAGAAUAUAAACUAUGUAUCUGUCGUGUCAGUUGGUUUGACGGUCACUGUAUUCGCACUCUAUCUUUUCUCUAAAAGGGGCAGGUAUCUAGGUCCGCGAGUGCCGAACGAAGACUUGAGGCAGGUAGUGUAUCAGAUGGAUGAGGGACAGGAGCCUGAUACUAGUAAUGAUGCGCAGUAUUCUGGCGAAUAUAUGCCAAAGAAGGAGUAA